AUGAAGCUCCUCGACGCGCUCUCCGGCCGCGUCACGCGCAGCGCCCGCUUCCGCGAGUACGUCGACCAAAGUUUCGCGGAGGUGGAUCACAACGCCAACGGGUCGCUGGACCGGGCGGAGCUUCACCUCGCCGUCAUGCUCUUCUUCGACAAGCUCAACGCGAAGGUUAAGAAGCGCGCGAUUCCCCCGACGAAGGCCGAGCUCAUGGCUCUGUUCGACGAGGUGGACACCGACGAGAGCGGGGAGCUGAGCCUCGAGGAGUUCGUGGCGUACAUGGAGAGGCUGUGCGCGCAGUGCACGAGCGGGCUGACGGUGUCGCUGCUCAAGUCGUUCAUCGCGGUGCCCUUCACGGCGAUCGCGCUGAGCGUCGGGAUCAAGAAGGUGGCGCCCGGGAUGCACCAGAAGAUCAAGGAGGCGAAGGGUCUGGGGUCCGCGACGCUGUCGUUCUGCGCGUCGCAGAUCGUAAACAAGGUGCCGGCGUUCGCGGCGGUCCCCUGA